GAAAGCAGAAUGAUAAAUCAGCUCAGAAUACUGCAAAACUGAAGAAUCAUGGGCGUGGAAUGUUUUUGAGCAGCUACGGGAAUUAAAGGUCUUUAUAAUGGAAUGUUAUUAUUACAUGAGUGACUUAUCAUCCUUCUGACCAAAACUGAAAUCAAAUAAUCCAUCAACAUCAUGAAUCAGUACAUCAACAGGCAAGGAUCUGCUGUUUUGACACUGAUUCUUCAACAUAUAAUAUUGGUAACAGCUUAUGGUUUUUCCAAAUGUUACCUGGCCUAUAACAACACAUAUUAUGCUGACUGUACAGCUAAUCAUGUUGUGAACUUAACUACAGCAAUUCAAUAUCUUCCUACACAAACUAAAUGGUUAAAUGUAUCCCAAAAUGAAAUCACCGUGAUCCAAAAUGAAGCCUUUUGUCACUUGUCCAACCUCCUAGAACUUGGGCUCGGAAGAAACAAAAUCAGCAAAAUUGAAAAAAGUGCAUUUCAUUGCUUAGACAAACUUUAUUUUCUUGAUCUUAGCUAUAAUUUAAUUAAAUCAUUGGAUUCUCUGGAUUUUCAAAAGCUUACAAAUCUGUCAGUUCUAAAUAUUAGUCACAAUAAAAUAUGUACACUGCAAAAUGUUGUGUUCAAACCUUUAAGAGCCUUAAAAGAACUUAAUUUAGCCUUCAAUUGUAUCUCAGAUUUUCGAAUAGUGACGGAAUCAAUCCAAAACAUUCAAUCACUUUCUAAACUAUACCUGAAAAAUAAUUAUAUACGUGACCUAAGCGAUAAAAGAAGUUUUGUUGUUCUUCCAUUUCUACAAUACUUAAACCUCGAUUAUAAUAAAAUUUCUGUGUUUGACCUUACAUACUACUAUUUGCCUUAUCUAACAGAACUCAGUUUGAUUAGAAAUAAUAUGACAGCAAUAAAUGGGAGUUCAUUCUACAAUACACCUAUUUUGGAAAAUGUUUACUUUGAUGAAAACCCAUUACAUAUUUCACAACUUUUGGGAAGUCCGCUCCAUAACCUAACAGAACUUCAUUGGUCAAGCAUGAGGCCUGCACUUCAAAAUUAUUCAAUGGCCUGCCAACUUUUCCAGACGUUACCAAAAUUACAAUCACUGGACAUAAAACAUUCAAAGAUAUCAAACAAUAAACUGCAGAUUAUUGGUAACUGCACAAACCUUACAUCAUUAACACUGUCCACAUCAGCUAUACAUAGAUUAGAUAACAAUGAACUUCAGACAUUUAAGAAUCUUGAGGUUCUUUACUUAGAUAAAUGUAAAAUUACAAAGAUCAGAAAAAGUACAUGGAACGGGCUAGUGUCCCUACACACAUUGAUACUACAAAGAAACAAACUUUCUGAGCUAGAAAGUUAUUUGUUUACUCCCCUUAAAAAUCUUCAGUUCCUAGAUCUAUCAAAAAACCACUUGACAUAUGUAAACAAUAAAGCAUUUUAUGGUUUAGAUACUCUAAGACAUCUCACUCUUAAAUUGUGUAAUAUUGCAUUCCUCACAAAAGACAGUUUUAUACAUUUACAGAACCUUAACGUGUUGGAUGUAAGCGAGAACUGUAUAUUAACCAUAAAGGAUAAGUCUUUCUACAAACUCAACAAACUUAAUAGUCUUUUUUUGUCAGGAAAUAAAAUAAAAACAAUUUCCAAAUAUGCGCUAGAGGGUCUCAAGUCAUUGAAAUAUCUCUCUUUAUCAGAAAACUUUAUUUACAAAAUAACAAAUAAUACUUUUAAACAGCUGAGAUCACUUGUUAGUUUGGACCUCAGAAACAAUCAGAUGUGGUCAUUUAAUAAAUUACAGUCCCCAAAUCCAUUUGUUUACCUUAAACAUUUAGAAUCCCUGGAUCUAAGCUACCAGAUGCUUGAGGAUUUCAUGAUUGUACCAAGAACAUUGUUGGAAGGCCUCCAGUCCCUGAAAACAUUAAACCUUAGAGGUAACCCAAGCCAAUUUUUCAAGAAUGUGUCAUUUGAUUAUCUUUCAAACUUGACUGAAUUGGAUAUGUCACAAAUCUACCAAGAUAUAGAAGGUCCAUUACAGUUUAGAGCGGGGUUAUAUAAAAAACUUGCUCAACUGAGGUAUCUUUCACUUGACAAUAAUAGAAUACGUGAGCUUCCAGAAGAUAUAUUUGUUCAUUUAACCUUGCUAGAAAACCUGUCACUCAAAAACAACAGACUUAGAAAUAUUAGUAUGAACAUUUUGCAAAACUUAUCCCACCUAACCUUUUUUGAUAUAUAUUUGAAUCCACUUGCAUGUUCCUGUGAGAACUAUUGGUUUCAGAACUGGUCUCUGUCUAAUCCUCUUGUACAAGUGCCAUUUAUUCAGUCAUACAAUUGUUAUGGCCAGUUUGUUGGUGAGAUUAAUUUUGCACAUCAGGAUUUUAGUUUUUGUGGAACAGAUAUUUCUAUGUUCUUUUUUAUUGGAAGUUUUGUUACAACUUUACUGCUAAUAAUAGUAAAUCUUCUGCUGGUAAAGCUGAAGUGGACUAUAUGGUAUGGCUACUAUAUGCUACGUGUAUGGUUCCAGUGGAGGAUCCAGAAGGAGAAAAAAGUUUAUAUUUACGAUGCAUUUAUUUCCUACUGUUCAGAUGAUGAGUUGUGGGUCAUGGACAAUCUGUUAUACCAGUUGGAAGAGUGUGGUCAACAUCGGUACAAACUCUGUUUUAAGCCUAGAGAUUUUAUGCCUGGAAAUUACCACAUAGAUAACAUUCAGAGUGCUAUUAGUAGUAGUCGCAAGACUUUGUGUGUAGUCAGCAAAAAAUAUCUAGAAAGUGAAUGGUGCCUGACAGAGGUUCAAAUGGCUUGUUCAAGAAUAUUCUAUAACAAAGAAGAUGUCCUCCUCAUGGUGUUCUUGGAAGAAAUUCCAAAUUACAGACUUUCUUCUUACCACAAACUAAGAAAGCUCAUAAAACAAAAUACCUACAUUAGAUGGCCUGACGACCCAGAGGGUGAAGAAAUCUUUUGGCUUAAGCUUCGCAAAGCAUUAGAUGAAGGGGUUUAUGAAGAGGAUACAGUACAGCUUGCCGUGACAAAUGGAAAUUUUGCAAUUUAAGAACAUUUCUGUACUAGAAUACUAAAAUAUUUUGGGCCAGAUGACAAGUGGAGUGCUAUUUAUCACUCCCGCUCGCGCUUUUUAGACAUGUAUAUGUACGUAUGUCUAUGUUGAAGCCCUUUGCAUGUCUUUUUUUUAACACCUGAAACCUCAUAUCUUUGAGCCCUUAUAAAAUUUUUGUGAUAAAAAAUUUAAAAUAAUUUUUAUCAUAUAGUGUUAUUUUUUAUGUGCUUUGUGACACUUUUUUGUUUCGCAAAACAGUUAACCAAAGCUCUAAGGUUGCAGUUUUAUCACACAAACUCUCCUUUCGACGUGCGUAAACAGCCGUGAUAAAUCCGAUAUCGCUCACACUUAACUGUAUUAGCACGUCACUCGUAAUCUGGCCCUUUAUGUAUAUAUUGAUUUUCAUAACUAUUACAAAAUUAUAUAU